AUUUGGCCAGAAGUUGAAACUUUUGAUAUCUGAUCGCUGAAAUGGAUUACAAGGUAUCAAGAAUUGGGGAGACCGCAGAAGGAGAAGUAGAAGAUUCAGAGAAGAUUGAUUUGCCACCUGCUAUUGGUGAAGUUGAUCUCAACAAGGUCGAGCCUUGGGACUUGCCUUGGAAGGCUAAGAUUGGGGAAAAAGAGUGUCGUGUUUUUCAUAAACCGGCAGAUGGUACGAAGGCGCAUAUGUCGGCCGGUUUACCUCCGCUGAUGGAUUCUUCUCCAUAUCUAAAGAGUAGAGGACGAGACUCUUUUGCAGGAACCACCCUUGGUGGUUUGUUUUCUAACAUGACCUGCUUAUUCGACCAAACAACCGACGACAAGAGUCUUGUGGCCGAGUUUAAAGACGAUUUUAAAACUACCAUGUUCGGUUCUGCAUCGACUAACUUGAUACCAAACAUUGGUUCUCUACUAGACUAUGGUCCUCUGUUUCUGCAAGAGAAUUCUUCUAUACUGAAGAUGUUGCUUGACAGUGAAGAAACCCAAUUUAAGAAGAAUCUUCAGAAUUCUGGUUCCUCGGAGAGUGAAGUAGCCUCGAGUUCUUUGCACGGUCACGAUCCUUCUGCUUCAACUGGCCCAGUGAAUCUUGAUUGUGUUUGGAAUUUCUGAUUUUGGAAAUUGGAACAUUGCAUAUUGGUUGUAUUGGAGAAAAAAAUAGGAGGUAUAUAGGUCAAACAGUAUAUGUGUUAUGUGUUUGCUUUAGAAUCUAGAGUCUAAAGCAGAAUAUACCAAAAUUCUUGUAACAUUUUGUAAAAAGAAUCAUUGUAGUGAAAAUCUACUCACUUACCAUUUGGAUUAAUCAAUUUCUUACGUCUUC